AAUAAAUAAAUUGAAGGAAAUGGUAAUAGUAUGGCACAACUGCACAAGUAACAAAAACCUCAAUUUUGCUACACACAACGCAAAGCCACUAUCGUUUUUCUUUCAUUUCGCUCGUUGCUGCGAACCUCCACAAACUUAGCGGCGGCGACUGCAACCCUCAAAUCCUUAACAAACCCUCUCUCACUCUCACUCUCACUUUCACUUUCAGUCUCAUUCAUUCUCCUUCGCACCACGAAUUUGAGCUCUUGAUGGCAUCAAAGUUGCAGCAGCUGCAGUCGAAGGCAUGCCAAGCCUCAAAAUUCAUCACCAACCAUGGAACUGCCUACUACAAGCAGUUGUUGGAGCAGAACAAGCAAUACAUUCAGGAGCCACCCACGGUGGAGAAAUGUGACCUUCUGGCAAAACAAUUGUUCUACACCCGCCUUGCUAGCAUUCCUCGCCGUAAUGAGUCAUUCUGGAAGGAGCUUGAUUACGUCAAGAAUUUGUGGAAGAACAGGCAAGAGUUGAAGGUGGAGGACGCAGGUAUUGCUGCUUUGUUUGGCCUGGAAUGUUUUGCAUGGUUUUGUUCCGGCGAGAUUGUCGGAAGGGGAUUUACCAUCACCGGUUACUAUCCCUGAAGAUAAACUGCUCGGGAAGUGUAUGUUUUUAGCUUGAGGUUUUAUACUCCUAAGCCAGCUGCACUGGUCAUUUACACAUUGUGUGGAUUAUGGAGCAUUCUAGACCAUAAUUUUUGUUAUUGUGGAUUUUUGUUUCUUUCUUUGAGAAAAAGCUGAGAAGCUAGCGGUUUAACUUUGAUAAGCCACAAUUAAUAACCCUCUUGUAUUUGAAGCGGGAUGGACCAUGCAUUGCUCCUCUUAUCAUGUUGGAAGCUAGUGACAAUCGAGAAUGAAUGAUGAUACCAUUGCAAUAA